AGGUGUAAGUCUUCAGCUGUUUCUCCUCGCCGGCUGUUACAGCUUCUUUGCGAGGCGUGGAGUCGCCUGGCCUGGUUCCUCGGCAUGCUCGGGCAGAGGCGGCCUUUUCUUCCAGAGUAUGACCUGCUCUUGCCGCGCUUUCAACAAUGGAUGCUCCAUAUGAUGGCGGUGAAGUAACUGUAGUCAUGGAAGAGAUAGAAAGCACAUACACUUAUUCAUCCCCAGUGCCAUCUAAAAAGAAGAAGAAAUAUAGAAGUCCUGGAGAUCAAGGGGAAAAAACUAAAAAGCCCAGAUCUGCAUAUCUUCUGUAUUAUUAUGAUAUAUACCUGAAAGUUCAACAGGAGCUCCCACACCUUCCUCAGUCUGCAAUUAACAAGAAGAUCAGUGAGAGUUGGAGGCUACUUAGUGUAGCUGAGAAAAGUUAUUAUUUGGAGAAGGCUAAGUUAGAAAAAGAAGGUCUAGACCCGAACUCAAAGUUGUCUUCCCUGACUGCUGUAGUUCCAGAUAUCCCAGGUUUUCGUAAAAUCCUUCCUCGUUCUGAUUACAUAAUUAUUCCUAAAGGAAGUCUGCAGGACGAAAGGAAUAAGCCACACGUUGAACUUCACGUGACCGAGGGCCAAACAGCAUUGGAAGGACAAACAGCUGCUACUAAUGUCACAAGUGUUUCCCAUAGUACUGUGCAGAACAUACUCUCAGUGGACUCCAGCCAAAUUGGCAUUUCUGAGCAGUGCAUUGCCAUUGAAGGAGUAUCGGAAGAUCCCACCUCAUUUGUUCAAGCAGAUACAAUAGAAGAAGUUGUAGCAUCAGAGAUCUUGUCUCAUUAUGUCAGGCCUACUGCACCUAAAGUGGCUGGCGAUAUCUUCCUGGAUGAGGAGGCCCCUUUAGAAGCAGGUGAUGGGUAUCCCUGUCAAGCAACCAGUGUGGUUAUUGAAGAAACUUUGGUUAACACCUCAGAAGCACCAAAUGGGAGCAUGACUGUGGCACAGCCACAGUCUUCGCAUGGCCUUUCUGUGGUAACCGUGGUGACUAGAAGAGAUAGACAAGAAAGUAAUUCUGCAACCCCUACUGCACAGUUCAUUAUGCUGCCUCUGACAGCCCAUUCUGUUUUGGAAAAUCCAGCAUCAAUCAAACUGACAACUACUUACACUCGUCGGGGGCAUGGAAAUUGCACCAAUCCUGGCUGUGCCUUUACUUACGUUACCAGACAUAAGCCCCCAAAAUGCCCCAUGUGUGGAAACUUUCUGGGAGGGAAAUGGAUCCCUAAGGAGAAACCUCUAAAAGGCAAAUCUGAACCAGGUUCUGGGCUGCCAAUAAAAACUUUGGGCCUGAAAAAGAGUCAACUACCAUUAACUUUUGGACAGGCAUUGGUUCAAGAUAAUCCUGCUCAAUCUGUGUUAGAAAGUUCGGAAGCAGUUACCCAGCUUCUCAAUGCAUCCCCGGUUGAGGGGCAAAUGCAGGAGGCUGAGUGGGAAGAAGUGAUCAUCUCUGAGGCUCAUAUUCUUGCAAACAAUGUACAGUCAGAAGAGCCAGGAGGUGCCACUACCAUUAUUCAGCUUCAAGAGAGCCUUGCACGGAUAGAGCCACCCUUAGAACAGAAGGAGAGAGAAAAUGAUUCAUCCGAGACAGCAAAUGCUCCCAGUCCUAUUUCACACCCAACUUCUGCUGUGAAAAACGCAACAGGCGGUGAUGCAGUUGGUGCUGCACCUAAGGGUCUGGAGCAGAAGAGCAAAGCAAAACCCAAGACGUCCUUGCUGGCUGCUGCAAGACCCAUGAGGGCCAUUUUGCCUGCCCCAGUUAGAUUGGCAAGAGAAACUAACCAAGAGCAGAUCUCUUGCAGACAGUCAUUUAGAAACAGUGAAGACAAUUCCCCAAUAAGAAUCUCAGGAUUAAAGCCAAAUACUCUGAAGCAGCUGGGUCAGAAUCCUGUUCAAGCAUCCAGUGCUGAAGAUCAGAAGCUUCACUGCAGCCCAAACAGCUCAACAUCUCAGGUCAAAGUGGUGGAGGUCAAGCCAGAUGUAUUCCCUUCAUAUAAAUAUAGCUGCACUGUAACCUUGGAUUUGGGAUUGGCAACCUCACGUGGUAGAGGGAAAUGCAAGAACCCUUCCUGCACUUAUGUGUACACUAAUCGUCACAAGCCAAGAGUCUGUCCCCGUUGUGGCUACAACCUUGUCAAAGACAGAACUGAGAAAGGAGCAAAAUCUGUGGAAGUCACCUCUAGCCCUGCACAUGUACUGAAUACCAGUGAGCCUCUAAUUCAGUCCCAAAAAGAGAUUCAACGCCAGUCCACUCUGCAACUUCUGCGCAAAGUAAUUCAGAUCCCAGAGAAUGAAUCUGAACUCUCGGAUGUUUUUGCACUGAUUCACGAACUCAAUAGCUCCCGGCUCAUCCUGUCUAACAUGAACGAAGAAACGGUUACCAUUGAGCAGACUUCCUGGUCAAACUAUUAUGAGUUUCCUUCUUCCCAAUGCCUUCUCUGUAACAGCCCUUUAUUCAAAGGAGGGCCAAACUCUCUUGCAGGCCCUCAGGAAUGCUGGCUGUUAACAGCUAAUCGGCUGCAAGUUGUCACCGCCCAGCUCAAAGUGUGUGUGAAUGUGCAGUGCUUGGCCCUUCACAGCUUCAGUGAUAUCUAUACCGGUUUGUUUAAUAUUGGUAACAAGCUUUUAGUGAGCCUAGACCUUCUGUUUACAAUAAGAAACCAUAUAAAACUUGGCGAGGAUCCUAAAGGGAUAAUUAGCAAGAUUUUGGAAACUGUGCAGGAACACACAGAAAGAAACCUGGGUCCUGAAGAGGUGAAUCAAGUUGAGGAACUGCUGUGCAAUGGAUACUGGGCCUUUGAGUGCCUUACUGUCCGAGACUACAAUGAUAUGAUCUGUGGUGUCUGUGGCAUUGCACCAAAAGUUGAAAUAGCUCAGAGGAAUGUGGAAAGUGUUUUGUCACUAAAGAAUAUUGAGUUUACCUGGCCAGAAUUCUUGACAUCUAGUGAGGUAAAUGUAGAAGAUUUUUGGUCAACCAUGGAGACAGAAGUCAUAGAGCAAGUGGCCUUUCCCUCCAGUAUACCUAUCACAAAGUUUGAUGCCUCCAUCAUAGCUCCCUUCUUUCCACCACUAAUGAGGAGCACGGUAGUAGUCAACACAGAAAGGGAGAAGAAUCUUGAAUCGCAUAUAAUCCCAGGUAAUGCAAGUGUUCUAGUGAGGCUGAUUCAGGAUGAAAUUUGUAAAGUGGAACAGAUUGGUUCCUACAGUGAGGAAGAACUGCAAAAUUUCUUGACACAGUGCAGCAUUCCUUGGGAGGACGGGGACUCCAAGGAGCAGCUCUGUCUUUCUCUUCUGGCUCUUUAUGAUUUUGUACAGAAUGGGACACAAAUCAGUCAGCCUCCAGCAUUCCUAACAGGAGGGAAAAUCUACAAAGUGUGUCCACAUCAGGUUGUGUGUGGUUCAAAAUAUAUUGUUAGAGGGGAAAGUCCCCGAGACCAUGUAGAUCUACUAACUUCCUCACGUCACUGGCCACCAGUCUAUGUCGUAGAUAUGGCCACUUCCGUAGCAUUGUGUGCAGAUAUCUGUUACCCUGACUUGACUGCUCAGAUGUGGGGAAGAAACCAGGGUUGCUUCUCUGACCCUAUGGAGUCUUUAAGGUAUGUGUCUUGCCCAGAACUCCUUGACAGGCACUACAAUGUGGAUACAACCACUGAGGAACAUUCUGUUGAGCAUCCAAUCACUAAGUCAGCAUCUCGCUUUGUAGUUCACACUGGGACAGAGCAGAAGACCCAAGGUGAUCCAAUGGCUCGACACCGUUCCCUCUCUCUGUGCCGGGAAUUGGAGCCUUAUGGUGCUAUCAUUACAGCCAUCAACGACAGCAAAACCAAUAAUGUUCGCCAAAACCCUAUAGCAUUUGACAGUGCAACCCACUAUUAUCUCUACAAUCGUUUGAUAGAUUUCCUCUCCAGUCGUGAGGUUGUGAACAGGCAGAUCCAUGAAAUUGUUCAAAGCUGCCAACCUGGUGAGGUUGUAAUCCGGGACAAUCUAUAUCGUCUUGGUGUUGCCCAGAUCAAGACAGAAAUGGAUGAAGAUGAGAUACAAGAAGAAGAAGGGGUUGUCUAAUAUAUUGCAAGGUGACCAUUCCUUGAUCAGACGUAAUAGCUAAGCAGUUUGUCACAGAAAGUUCCAGUCCAGCACAGGACUAUGUUAAGCUAAGAGUCAUGACCUAUUGAUUGGGCUUCUGAUCUGUAGACAAAUUGCUGUUGACGAACAAAUUUCUCUUUUCAAGAGGCUGGGUAAACCUAGAAGCAACCCAGGAUAAUUGUUCUAAGACAGAAUAAUUUUCUAUUGCUGACAAGAGAAAGAAAAUAUGUUUGCAGAACAUCACUUUUUUUAAGUGUGCAUGUUGCUGGAAAUGCAUAAAAGUGAAAAAACAGCGUAAAACGUGUGACUGCUCCAAUAUUCUGAAGUGGCCAUCAUAGAUUGAAGAACAUUUGGAACCUAGAUCUUUAAGUUUCUAUUCUGAAAAGACUUGAACUUUGACUUGGCAAUGGAGGGUUGAGAGUUUAUGUGCUUCUUCAGCUUGUUUUGCAUCAAUCUGACAAAGCCACACAUUAUUUAGUGGUUGAAAGCUAGACUGGCUUGCAUAUUAAGUUAUAAGCUGCUAGAAGUAUCAUUGCCCUGACUAGCAUGGUCAUUUCAAAGGUUUUUCAGGGGUUUAUAUGUUUUGGAUAAAGGAUGUGGGCGGGGAUAUUCAGGCACUUUACUUUAUAAUCCAGUUAAUGGACUUAAUUGAUGAUUUAUUCCUGUGACCACAGAUGCUACUAAAGAUAUUUGUGGAAUAAUGGUUGGGUUCCAUGAAUACAAUCUAAUAAGAUAUUUUUUUCUAAUUGUUUCUAUGGCUAAAAUUGUUAGGCAUGCAACAUAACAACUUACUUUCAAGGGCCAUUUGGAAACCACUACACACUCCACUAUUCCAGUGUUAUAAAUCUGAUCUGUAUGAGUUCAUACUGUCAUAAUUAUAUUGUUUUUCCUGUGUAAUGUGUUGAGCCAUGAUGUGUAAGCUCUACAUUGUUCACUGAUUUGUGUUCAUUCUUGGCCAUCCAUAAAUCUACAAAGUAAAAAAAUAGAUUUUUGCUACCACUGAAAUGUGGGGAAACUUUCCCUGACUGAGGUAAAGUUAUCCACUAUGUUUUCUUCAGAUUUGUGGUAUGGAUUUAAAGCUCUCUUCUGUGAAGAGUUCUAGUGUGUAUUGUGCUGUAAAAAAACAACAAAAAAGAAACUUAUUAAAGUUCACAGCAAAACGUAUCACUUGCUGUUUAAAAUGCUAAUUUAUGAAAUACAGUUUUUAAGUCAGUGGUAAACUUUAAUAAAUUAUCUCUUCCAGUGUUGGAGAGUAAAACUAUUUGGA